CUGCCGGGGUCUCACGCCCGUGUGGCCGCGGGCUGCCACCAUGAAGGAGACGCCGCUCUCCAACUGCGAGCGCCGCUUCCUGCUCCGCGCCAUCGAGGAGAAGAAGCGGCUGGAUGGCAGACAAACCUAUGAUUAUAGGAGCAUCCGAAUCUCAUUUGGAACAGAUUAUGGCUGUUGUAUUGUGGAACUUGGAAAAACAAGAGUUCUUGGACAAGUGUCAUGUGAACUUGUUUCUCCAAAACUUAAUAGGGCAACAGAAGGUAUUCUUUUUUUUAACCUUGAGCUAUCUCAGAUGGCUGCCCCAGCUUUUGAACCUAGCAGGCAGUCAGAUCUCUUGGUGAAGCUGAACCGACUCUUGGAAAGAUGUCUAAGAAAUUCCAAGUGUAUAGACACUGAAUCUCUCUGUGUUGUUGCUGGUGAAAAGGUUUGGCAAAUUCGUGUCGACCUACAUUUAUUAAAUCAUGAUGGAAAUAUUAUUGAUGCUGCCAGUAUUGCUGCGAUUGUGGCCUUAUGUCACUUCAGAAGACCGGAUGUGUCAGUCCAAGGAAAUGAAGUAACACUGUACACCCCUGAGGAGCGGGACCCUGUACCCUUGAGCAUCCACCACAUGCCCAUCUGCGCCAGUUUCGCCUUCUUCCAGCAAGGAACAUAUUUACUGGUGGAUCCCAAUGAACGUGAAGAACGUGUAAUGGAUGGGCUGUUGGUGAUUGCCAUGAACAAGCAUCGGGAGAUUUGUACCAUCCAGUCCAGCGGUGGCAUAAUGCUACUAAAAGAUCAAGUUUUAAGAUGUACUAAAAUAGCUGGUGUGAAAGUAGCAGAAAUCACAGAACUAAUACAGAAAGCUUUGGAGAAUGAUCGGAAAGUGAGGAAAGAAGGUGGAAAGUGUGGUUUUGCAGAGUCUAUAGCAAAUCAGAGAAUCACAGCAUUUAAAAUGGAAAAGGCCCCCAUCGACACAUCUGAUGUUGGGGAGAAAGCAGAAGAAAUCAUUGCUGAAGCUGAACCACCUUCAGAAGUUGUUUGUAAUCCAGUGUUACGCACUCCGGGAACUGCCCAAGUGGGAGAGGGCAUAGAAAACUCCUGGGGUGAUCUUGGCGACUCCGAAAAGGAAGAUGAGGACGGCGACAGCGAUGAAGCUGCCGUGCUUGAUGGUUUGAAAAUGGACACCGGAAUAGAAAUCUCCAAUCAUGGGAACCAAGAUGCUCCUAUAGUACUCUCAGACAGUGAAGAGGAAGAAAUGAUCAUUUUAGAUCCAGACAAGUAUAUGAAGAAAGUAAGAACACAAACCAUCAGCACAAAACAAGCAGCAGUGCCAAGUAAAAGGCCAACGAAAAAGAGGAAAAAGAAGAGAGCUGUUGAUUAAAGCCAUCCUACUUGUAUAUAUACUAUUAAAAGGAUAUUUAUUCCAUGCUAA